AUGGCGAACUUGGUGCGCAACUACAAGCUGAUAGCACGGCAGGCCAUGCUGCGCAAGGUGGCGAACAAGGUGUGCGCAUCCAUGGGUUGGAACUUUGAUGCCGUGCACGUGCGGCGGGGGGACAAGGUCAAUCCCACCUUCUGGCCACACCUCGACCGCGACACACGCCCGCCCGCCUUGUUGAAAAGGCUCCCGCGCUUCAUAAAGCCGGGGCGCCACGUGUACAUAGCGUCGAACGAGCGCACGCCGGGCUUCUUCAGCCCGCUCGCCUCGCUCUACAAGAUCCACGUGCUCUCCGACUACCGCCACCUCUGGGCGCCCAGCAGUGACUGGUACAACGACUGCCGCACGCUCAUGCAGCAACUCAAGAUGAACGAGACGGAGCCGGUCUUUGACGCGCACAUGCAGUAUAUUGUUGAGGAUAUGGUGUUUGGUGAUGCUAAUAAAAAAGUAGAGACAUUCAAUGACCUUACUGAUGACCCAAGGCAUGGUGUGCUUGAGUAA